CCCAAAAUGGCUACGUUGAGUACGGGAGAGACGUAUGCAGAGCGAUUCUGGGGACGGAUGAAAAGGGAACCACUUAUCCCGGUCGGAUUGCUCCUUACAACAGGAGUGUUCGGUGGCGUUGUAUACCAUGCUCGCAAAGGCAAUCAGAGGCAGCUACAACUCUGGAUGCGAGCACGGGUAGUCGCGCAGGGUCUCACGGUCGUUGCUAUAGUCUGGGGAUUCUAUCGACUUCAGCAAGAUUCUAUCAAGUACAACGAGAAUCUUGUGCAGGAAGUGGCUAGGGUGGAUGAAGAAAAGGCUAGGGAACGGGCAGCGUUUGAGGAGAGGCUGCGAGAGGCGGAGGUGACGUACGAGGCUGAAGCUCGUGCUGCAAAAAGCUGGUUCAGCAGAAAGGAUGGCGACGCAGCGCCGCCGACUGAAAGCUCUGGCAAGCGGUGGUACCAGUACUUGGGCUGGUCGCAGUCAACAUCCAAGCCGGAUUCCGAUGAAAAGGCUUAGGACAUGGCAAGGAUGCUCAUGCUUGAUAAUAACAAUCCUUUCCCGUAGCCUGCCCUCAUGCUACCAUCUAGCUGUCGCUUCUUGUCAAAAUAUCCUCAUCUUUUGGUGCAGGUUCUUCUACGGCCAACUUCCACCCUCCGUAUAGUUGGUUC